GUACAAGUUACAACAAGCAAACCACAAGAUGCCGCAAGCAACCGUCCGUGUCUUCUCGGCAUGGCUGCCACGCAGCGCUUUCAUUUCGUGUAGAAAACCUAGCUUCAUUUAUAGCAUUAAGAAGUGCCCAUUAGAGAACAACUUUUGCAGAGAGAAGAGAUAUGGCUACAGAGAUUGAGGACUCAUUGGCAACAACAGCACCUCUUGCACCUGUUACUUAUGAGAGACCUGUUCGAGAUAACUUGGAAGAUACCCUCCCUAAGCCUUACAUGGCAAGAGCAUUGCAAGCUCCUGAUACAGAAAAUCCUCAUGGAACACCCGAACAUAAGCAUCAUGGCUUGAGUGUCCUCCAGCAGCAUGUUGCCUUUUUCGACCAAGAUGGCAAUGGAAUAGUUUACCCAUGGGAGACUUAUACUGGAUGUCGUGCAAUUGGUUUCAAUCCAAUUCUCUCCCUUAUCUUGGCUGUUGCUGUCAAUGGAGCGUUGAGCUAUGCUACUCUGCCUGGAUGGUUUCCUUCCCCACUUUUCCCCAUAUACAUAAAUAACAUACAUAGAGCCAAGCACGGCAGUGAUUCAGGAACAUAUGACACCGAAGGAAGAUAUAUGCCUGUCCAUUUUGAAAACGUUUUCAGCAAGUAUGCUAAUACAGUGCCUGACAAGUUAUCCUUUAGAGAGAUCUGGAACCUGACAGAGGGACAGCGACUCGCCUUCGACUUCUUUGGAUGGUUUGCGUCCAAGUUAGAAUGGGGUAUCCUCUACAUUCUUGCAAGAGAUGAUGAAGGCUAUCUGUCUAAAGAAGCUAUUCGGCGCUGUUUUGAUGGUAGCUUGUUCGAGUAUUGUGCUAAAAUGAACAGGGGAAGUGAGGCUAAGAUGCGUUAAUGGCUCCCAUAGCUAAUGAUACUAGUGUAAUAAGUUGAGAGACCAGCUCAGAUUAGGUAUCUUGCAGGAAGCCUAGAACUAGCAAAGAAAAUCGUUUAUAUAGUUCUGUGUUCUGUUAUGUUUGGCGUGCAUACUAAUAAGUUUGUGAAGUUUAUUUCCCCCUUUCAGCUAUAAUGUUGUGGAUAUGUUGUUUCCCUAA